AUGCGCUACGUCGCGGCCUACCUGCUCGCCGUGCUCGGCGGCAACGAGUCGCCCUUGUCCAAGGACCUCAAGAAGAUCCUGGACAGCGUCGGCAUCGAGACGGACGAUGAGCGCGUGAACAAGGUUAUUAGUGAGCUGAAUGGAAAAAACAUCGAGGAUGUCAUUGCUCAGGGUAAUGCAAAACUGGCCAGCAUGCCGGCCGGCGGAGCUGUGGCCGUGGCUGCUGGCGGGGGCUCGGCCGCCCCUGUUGCGCCGCCCCUGCUGCAGGUGACCGAGGAGAAGAAAGAAGAGAAGAAAGAGGAAUCUGAAGAAUCUGACGAUGACAUGGGAUUUGGCCUAUUUGAUUAAUUAUUUGUUAUAGAAAUACUAUUAAAUUUGUUUGUU